GCACCCACGACCCGACGAAAAUGGGCGCGUAUUGGUUUGUUAGCCGGACCGGGUGAACCGCAGCCGCGCACACAGGAACAAAACGCAAUCUCCAGGCUAUUACUUUCCCCAUCUGAGCCAUUUAUAAAUCCAUCCGCCCUCUUGUCCCCAUCUUUCAGCCACUGCUUUUUUUUUCCUUUUUUUUUUUUUUUUUUACACCGACGUGACUGGCCACUCUUUCUUUUCCCUCAUUUUCUUUUCUUUUCUUUUCUUUCUUCAUUUCUUUUUUGCGCAGGUGGCACCGGUGCCAGGUGACCGCACGCACGCACACGGGCGCACGUGGGUAGCCCAGGUCCACCCUUCAAGCUCAACCAGCACCUGUGUGUAAAUUCCUGCAGAACUAACACACACAGAAUGAAGAAAAAAAAAGGAAAACGGGAGGGGGGCCAAGUAAGAAGGAGAAGGAGCAGCAGAGGAGUCCGGAGCGUAGCGCGGACGCUUCUUCCUCUCUCCUCCCCCUUCAGACCCCGCCGCGCUCCAUCUCUCUCUCUCUCUCUCUCUCGCUCUCUCUCUCCCUCCUUUCUUAAAUUGACAUCGGUCUGGCUCGAAACAUGAUAACAGAAAAAGCCUUCCUCCGCUCCGCUCCGCGUUGUCGGACCGUCCUCAACCCCGCUCACUUGAAACUCAAAUAAGCCAGGCGCAAAGAGGGGAGAAGGAAAAAAGAAAGGGGGGAUCGCACAGUGUCCUAUCAGCGGGUGCUCAGAGAGGAAUAACAAGAGACCUUUAUACCACACACACACACACACACACACACACUCACACACACACCCUUGGAAGCCUAUGUGCUCCUGCGCAUCGUAGAUCUUAGUAAAGUGCUCGUGUUGAACUACAGUGAAAGUUAACAUGUAUGUGCACGCUUUGAUACGCGCGAGCCUUGGAUUUGUAGGCUUCUGCCUGGUCGCCUUUGUCCAACAGUCAGCUUCAGGAAGUAAAACCACUCAAGAUGUGGACGAGUGUGCGGAGGCGCUUGACAACUGUAGCAUCGAUGCCAUCUGCCAGAACACCCUCAAGUCAUACAAAUGUAUCUGCAAGUCGGGCUAUAAAGGGGACGGCAAACAUUGUGAAGAUGUGGACGAGUGUGCGACCGAAUAUAACGGCGGCUGUGUCCACGAGUGCAUUAACAUCCCAGGAAAUUACAGGUGCACUUGCUAUGAUGGCUUCCGCUUGGCACAUGACGGACACAAUUGUCUAGAUGUGGAUGAGUGCUCCGAAGGCAACGGCGGAUGCCAACAGAUUUGUGUCAACAUGAUGGGCAGCUAUGAGUGCCGCUGCAGAGAAGGAUUCCUCCUGAGCGACAACCAGCAUACCUGUAUCCAACGGCCUAAAGCACAACCAGAAGGUACAAAGGAGGGACCUACCUGCAUGGACAAGAACCACGGCUGUGCGCACAUCUGUAGGGAAACGCAGAAGGGUGGCAUCUCCUGUGAAUGUCGACCUGGAUUCCAGCUCACCCGAAACAUGAAGGACUGCAAAUUGACGUGUAACUAUGGUAAUGGGGGUUGCCAGCACAUCUGCGAGGAGACGGACCACGGCCCCAAGUGUUCGUGCCACAUGAAGUUCGUCCUGCACAGCGAUGGAAAGACUUGUGUAGGGGAGAGGAGUGUCCAGCCCCCGGCCCCACAGCUGUUCCCCAAUGAGACCUGUGCAGUGAACAAUGGUGGCUGUGAUAGCACAUGUCAUGAUUCAGUGACAGGAGUACGCUGCAGCUGUCCUGUUGGCUUCACUCUGCAGCCGGACCGCAAGACCUGCAAAGAUAUUGACGAGUGUCGUCUUAACAAUGGGGGAUGUGACCAUGUGUGUCGAAACACAGUGGGCAGCUUUGAGUGCAGCUGCAAGAAAGGCUACAAGCUGCUGACCAAUGAGAGAACUUGUCAAGACAUUGAUGAAUGCUCUUUCGACCGCGCCUGCGACCACUUCUGUGUCAACUACGCCGGCACCUUCCAGUGCAUCUGUCAUAAAGGCUACGUCCUCUACGGCCUCGCACACUGUGGAGAUAUUGAUGAAUGCAGUAUAAACCGUGGAGGAUGUAAAUACGGCUGCAUCAACACGCUGGGGAGCUAUGAGUGUACCUGUCCACCAGGGUACAAGCUGCACUGGAACAGAAAAGAUUGUGUUGAGCUGGUGAAGUGUCCUCCUGGUCUCGUAGCACCAAAGGCCACUCUGACCUGCAGCAAGACGGGCAAGAAAGAGAGCUGCUCUCUUACCUGUGCCUCUAAGGCUCACUAUCUGGCAGAGUCUGACAGCAGCUACUCAGUCAGUUGUGGGAUCCCCAUCUUCAGAGGGAAGUCCCCUGCCAGGCUCAACUCCAGCAGCAGUCAGAGCUGCAUAGAGACUUUGGCCCCUCCAGUGAAGCAGACGGCGUCUUUCAAGAUCAAAAACGCCAAGUGUCACCUGCACCCAAAGCUGACCGGCAGGACGGAGGACAGAGGACGCACACUUGGACCAGGAGGCGGGCAGCCCUGCAGCAACUGCCUGGUGACAUUUGUCAACCUCAAAUGUGACUCCUCAAAGAAAGCUAAAGGGCGCCGUGCUCGAAACCCCGCAAACAAAGAGGUGACACGCAUCACUUUAGAGCUGGAGGCUGAGGUCAAACCUGGAGACACCACAGGGAGUUGCAAUCUCAGCUGCCUCAGACAGCGCAUGGAGAAGCAGGUCAAGACGUACAUCAAGGCUCUUAAGAAGUCCAUCAACCAGGAGCGCUUCCUGAUCCGAGUUGCUGGUUUGGAAUACGAGGUGGCCCAAAAACUUCCUCAGGUCGCUCCCAUUCAGGAGAACUGUGGUCCGGGCUGGGAGAGGGACAGUGGACGAUGUGUCAGAUGCUUGCCGGGGUCUUACUACCACGGUGAGCAGGAGCGUUGCGUCCAGUGUCCGCCCGGCACUUUCCAGGAGAAAGAGGGGCAGCUGGCCUGCGACCUCUGCCCCGGCAGUGACGGCCACGGGCCUGUCGGGGCGCGAAACAUCUCCUCCUGCGCAGGCCAAUGUCCAACAGGGUAUUUCUCCAGCGAUGGGUUCAAACCUUGUCAGCCGUGCCCUCAGGGCGCCUACCAACCAGAUCUGGGACGGACCCUGUGCUUCCCCUGUGGGGGAGGCUUGAGCACCAAGCGGGAAGGUGCCAGUUCCUUCCAUGAUUGUGAAGUCAAAGUUCAGUGUUCUCCGGGUCAUUACUACAACACCACAGUUCACCGGUGUAUCCGCUGCCCAGUGGGGACGUAUCAGACAGAGUUUAGACAGAACUACUGUAUUUCCUGCCCCGGGAAUACCACCACUGAUUUCGAUGGUGCCACAAGUGUCUCGCAGUGCAAGAACAGGCAAUGCGGUGGCGAGAUGGGUGAAUUCAUGGGUUACAUUGAGUCACCUAACUAUCCCGGUAAUUACCCCGCCAAUGUGGAGUGUAUUUGGAACAUCAACCCACCCAGCAAGCGCAAGAUCCUAAUCGUGGUGCCGGAGAUUUUCCUGCCCUCAGAGGACGAGUGUGGCGAUGUGCUGGUUAUGAGGAAGAACUGGUCGGCCACAUCCAUCACCACCUACGAGACAUGUCAGACGUACGAGCGGCCCAUCGCCUUCACAGCUCGCUCCAGACGUCUCUGGAUUAACUUCAAGUCCAACGAGGCCAACAGCGCCCGGGGCUUUCAGAUCCCCUAUGUUACAUAUGAUGAGGACUACGAACAGCUCGUAGAGGACAUAGUGCGAGAUGGAAGACUGUACGCAUCAGAAAACCAUCAAGAAAUCCUCAAGGAUAAAAAACUGAUUAAGACUCUUUUCGAUGUGCUGGCUCACCCAAACAACUACUUUAAGUACACCACUCGGGAGUCCAACGAGAUGCUUCCUCGCUCCUUCAUACGUCUCAUAAGCAGCAAAGUCUCCGCUUUCCUGCGACCUUACAAGUAAAACGUCACGCAGCCGCUGAAGCACUGGAUCGUGACCCCCUCCCCCCCACCUCCACCUGACAGACGACACCGGCAAAUCUCACAGGACUUUAAAAAAACAAAACAAAACAAAAAAAACACAACAUACUAGUAUGUUUAACUUUUCUUACUUUCCAUAGGCUUUGACAAUAAACACUAUGCAGACCUGAGAAAUACUGAAAAACUUGUGUUUUAGGUUUUUUUGUCAGUCUCCAUUCAGCACAGGUCUGCAGUCCCGAGCGCGAGCAUUUAGUGGGGAUGUAGAGUGUGUGAGUGGGCUUGGCUUCUAUUGUGUUGUGCAACGGCACCACAAAAGAAAAGAGUAGCCCAUUUCAGACAGUAGGAGUAAUGAUUUGUGUGCGCGGUUUGAGCUUGAUAGAGCUUGUUGUUGUUGUAUUUGCUUAAAUGAGCUGUCUGUGUACCAACUCCUACCAUUAAGUAUGACUGUAAGUGUUUGUGUAAGUGUUGUGUAACCCCUGGUUCCAUCUUCAGCGUCUGUGUGCUGUCCUCGAGGAGGAGCGGUUGUUAAAUUCAAGUCGCAGCUGCGUACCACUUCAUUCAAAGCCUUACCAUAUUUGAGCUCUUAGAGCGGUUUCCAAGGGUUUUGCUGUUAAAACAGUUAAUCUAUGUUUUGUUCCGUCUGUCUAGACUGUACCAGUGUUUUCCAUCCUUGACAUAAUUUCUGUUUUUUUUUUUUUAAAGCAAAUACAAAAAAAAGGUGGUAUAGCAUUCCAGGAACAUAGUGGACAUAUGGGAGAUGAAUAACAAACUAAUAAUUGCGAGAGCCACAGAAAUGAGAGAGAGAGAGAGAGAGAGAGAGAGAGAGAGAGAGAGAGAGAGAGAGAGAGAGAGAGAGAGAAAGAAAUGUCUUUGAGGGACAUUAUGUUUGCUGCUUCUUUUUUUUUAAAAAAAAAAAAAAAGGUCACUUUAAUUCUUCAAUCUCAUAUUGUCUUUCUGAUGUACUCGACACACUAAUAGUCUCUAGGUUUAAAACGAAAAAGGAAGCUCCACGUCUGAAAUACUUUGUUCCCACACGCAGUAAGUCGAUAAUCUCACAUUGCCUGUCUGUGGACUACCAGUUUUACCAUGUUUUUUUGUUUUCAAUCUUGUAAAUAAUGAAAAUAAAAUUAGACGAGGGUUGAAUUCUUUGAUCCUAACUUUCCUUAUGCAGGACACCCCGCCCUCCCCCAACAACAACGAAAUAAAUAAAUGAAAACCCCUUUCCGCCCCUGAUGUCCCGCCCGUCUCAAAAUCCAAAGACACCCGGUGCCCAUUUCAAAACACCCUCUUCUGCCCCAGCUCUUCCAAAGACCGCCCUGAAAACAAAACAAAACAAAAAAAAAAAAAACAGGGCGGCUCACUUUGUUUUGUGCACUAAAUUUCGGACACAUCAUCCUACCUUUGUAGUACAAAGUGCAAUGAAUGAAAACACACCUUUUGGUUACACCCAAUUGUGACCCCCAACAAAGCUUGUGAAACGUGUUGUAGGCUGCGGUCUUGUUGAGACUCGUAUGAAAUAUUUAUCAGUCACAAUGUGCGGAAGAGGUUUCUCUAAUUCAGAGAAAUACUGAAAAUAUUACGUCUGUCAAAUUUUUAAGUAUUUGGUGUGGAAAUAUUUCUCUUUGUGACCAAAAACAGGGUAAAAUAAGUGAUGUAAUUAACGUUUUCCCUUCAAAACAGUUAAGGGGAUUGUUCACCAUUUUGGGAAAUGUAUUUUCUUUCUUGCGGGGAAUUAUGUGAGGAGAUUGAUGCCGCCCGUGUCUGUCAAAUAAAUAAGCUACAGCCAUGAGACUGUAAGCCUAGCUUAGCCUACAAGAUAAUGACUGAAUUUAACCUUUAACAUCUUCUCAUUUGAAUCAGAACAAAACAAAAACAAACAAACAAAAAAUGUGUGGCUUCACCCUUCCUUGGUCAGGUGGGUGGGUGACUUUCUGCAAGAAAGUAAAGAAAUAUUUCUCCAAAAUGUAGGGAUUAUGCCUUUAAAUUCAACAUCACCAUUGCAGUCAAAUGUGUACAAUUAUAAUCCCAAACCCUUAUCGUGUAUAUUCAGCCCUCCACAGAGCAUUAAUUGAGUCUCUGCCUGCUCUCAGAUCAUCCAAUUACUUUUUGCCCCAGGGAUUUUGUUUUGUCCCCCUUUGUGUAAAUAAAUACAAGAUGGUACACUUCAGAUCAUGUACUAAAUGAUAUUUCCCAAACUUGUCAAAAUUUGAGUGCCAAUCCCAAGUUCAGUCACAGAUUGUGUGCGUCUAGUCUCCAAUAUCUGUGUACGCGAUUGCCAACAAGCAGGCAACGUUUUCAUUUGGCCCACGUGCGCUCAUUCCCCAAAAAUCAACCCUCCGACCAGAAUCGGCUUCUUUCCUGCAACCUGCUAAAGUUUUUUUUUUUUGGAAUUGUUGCCUUUUAACGAGAGUUUGCUAUGAUGUAUCAUAGAGUUGAUAAUGAUAUUUGCACUUGAAUUGUUAUUGCUCAUGUAAAGAAAUGUCUGGAUUUUGUAUUGUCUUUUUAAAUGAAUGGAAUUGGUGUUCUUAUCUUUCUUGUAGCUUUGUUUGUUCAUGAAAUGCUCACUCACCGUUUUAGUCUAUAGAGAUGAUACACAUAACAUUAUCAACUGUAAAAUAAAAAAAGACAAAAACAACAAAAAAGAAGAAACUAUGUACAGGAGGUGAAUGAGACAAGUUUGUACUUGUUACUGCCCAAAACACUUAUUGAAAUAAACAUACUGUACUUCA